AGCGUCUCUAGUUCCCCCCCUUUCCGUGCGGAAGCCAUUUUGCUUUUUUAGUUGUUGUUGCCAUGGCGCGCAUGAACAGGCCCGCGCCGGUGGAGAUCACCUACAAGAACAUGAGGUUCCUCAUCACCCACAACCCCACCAACGCCACCCUCAACAAGUUCAUCGAGGAGCUGAAGAAGUAUGGCGUGACCACAGCGGUGAGGGUGUGCGAGGCCACGUAUGAUGCCACCUUGGUGGUGAAAGAGGGAAUACAGGUCCUGGACUGGCCGUUCGACGAUGGCGCUCCUCCCUCCAACCAGAUUGUAGACGACUGGCUCAACCUGCUCAAGGUCAAGUUCCGCGAGGAGCCGGGCUGUUGCGUGGCCGUGCACUGCGUGGCGGGCCUUGGCAGAGCUCCCGUCCUGGUCGCCCUCGCCCUCAUCGAGUGUGGCAUGAAAUAUGAAGAUGCUGUGCAGUUCAUUCGACAGAAGCGUCGUGGAGCAUUCAACAGCAAGCAGCUCUUCUACCUGGAGAAAUAUCGUCCAAAGAUGCGUCUGCGCUUCAAAGAUUCCAACAGCCAUCGCAACAACUGCUGCAUCCAGUAGAACAACAUAUGUUGCCUUUGUUUCACAACUUUUUCAAAAAUAACGUUCUCAUUCGUACUUGGGGAAAGCCGCUUCAGCAUUUCUUCCAUAUCCAGCUUAAGGUGCAUGUACGCACUUUGUCCUCACUGGUAAAACAAUUCAGUGCACUAAUAGAAACGAUUCUUACAAGUAACAUUUUUUUCCACUACUGUAUGACAUUUCUGCAAACUCGUAAGACAAUUUCGGCAUGCUACGAGGACAACUAUGUUACUAAUGAAUCAAAAACACUACUAGACAUUUUGGUGCUACUGGUAAGGUCCAGGAGGCUACUAGUGCAUGGCACAAGCCUAUUAGUGUUAAUAGAGCUGCACAGUAGUUUACUAGUAAGGUUUAAUUCCGUACUAGUAGGCCAAAAAUGGCACUAAUAGUGGACAAAAAUAUUACUAAGACAGUCAUUCUUACUAGUAUGUCUGAAUUCUUACUAGUGAGGACAGAGUGCGCUAGUACCUUAAGCUGGAUAUCUUUCUAUACUUAGUUUCUCAUCAUGGCCAUCUAGAACCAUUUUUGGUUUUGUUUACUAAUUAACUGCUACAAUGUGAUUUUUUUUUUUUUUCUUUUUUUGUUAUCUCAAACUGGACUUUUCGUCUGCGAUA